GCGGGAAAAGUUUCGCGCGUUUAUCUUCGCACAGUUGCGUGGUUGUGCGUGUGAACAUAGUCUGCUGCUUACUGUGCCACGUUUAGUGCCACGAAAUGCAGUUUGCGGGCCACAAGAGGCGACGCCACGUCGCAGUCGGCGAUCCCCUAGCUGAAUACGCUGGCCGAAAGACGCUUUUGCACUUCUACAGCACUCCUCCCACCGACAACAUACCGCUGAGCGACUUCGAAGAGGUCGCCCUCGAAAGACUCAAGGUGCUGAAGGCUUUCGAGGUCGCCGAUGCGAGGUUCAACAACAAGCGCACUCAGGAGUACGCCAGCGCAGUGAUGGACGAGCUGCGCAAGCAGAAACUGAAAGCCUACGUUAGUCGGGUGACCGAUGACAACGGCGGUGUUAUUGUACGCAAGGACAACUUGUCUUUCUUCAUCCUUAUGCUUGCCUUUUGCGAAACGCCAGCUCAACGGCGUUGGUUUAUGAGCCAAGAGAUGGACCUUUUUCGGUUUCGAUUCCAAAACGAGAGCGCAGCCGGAAUCCAGGCUUUUCUCAAGGACAGCAACAUGGAAUUCACACCGAUCUCUACCGCUGAGAAAGCAAAGUAUUUUGAAGAGAUAGUUGCUGCAUCACCUGAUCUGACAGCUGCGAAGCUGGAUGCCAUGGAUGUUUACAAGGUAUCUUUCCUCGACGUGCUUCCCCUGGUGUCAGACCGCACCGUCUACCUGCGGCAAGGCGAGGCGUACGUUCCGAGCGAGUUCCUCAUCACGCUGGUUGAGUCGCAGUACCGGGCGCAUCUGUCGCACAUGCUGGCGCAGACGACGCGGAUCUUCCACCGCCUCGAAGAAGACGAGCGCAUCGUGCCCAUCUUGCGUGCACUGGCCAACUUUGACGCCGGCAGCGGGUUUGACGCUUCGCGGCCCACGGACUCUGUCAGCCCCGAAAUGAUCGACCAGCUGUGUAAAGAGUCGUUCCCGAUGUGUAUGAAAGCAAUGCACGCUGCGCUGCGGGCAAACCAUCAUCUCCGGCAUGGAGCUCGCAUGCAGUACGGUUUGUUCCUGAAAGGCAUUGGCCUUGGCCUUCAGGAUGCCUUGCGUUUUUGGAGGGAGGAGUUCUCCAAGCAUGUUGGCAUUGAGAACUUUGACAAGAAGUACAGCUACAACAUCCGGCACAACUAUGGCACAGAAGGCAAGCGUGCAAACUACACGCCCUACAGCUGCAACCGCAUCAUCUCGGGCAUCCCACCAGGCCCCGGUGAAUGUCACGGUUGCCCUUUCAAGCAUUGCGAUCGGACACAGCUUCAAGAAAAGCUCAAGGCUGAAGGAGUCAAGGACAGUGACUUGAAAGAGGUAAUGGGCUUUGUGGAGAAGGGUCACUACCAGCUUGCGUGCACCUCCACGUUCCGAGUCACCCAGAAGUCGCCCGACGUCGCCCAAGUCAUCUGCCACCCAAAUGAGUACUACAUGCUCAGCCGACAGUUCAAGGAAGGCUCAGCGAAAGACUCAAAGUUCGGUUCCCUGAGAAAUAUCGAGACGCAGAAAGCAGUGGUGUAUUCUCAGAAGAGUGUGAAAAGUGUGGAAGACUUCGAUGACAACAUGGACGACUGUCUGGAGGAGAUGCUGUCCAGUGCUGAGCAAAAAGCUCAAGAGGAAUCCAUGAUGGAGUCGUAGCACUGAGGCAGUGCUCCACUGUUCCAGCAGUAUUUAUUAUGUACACAGCCAUGAGCAAACCGAAAACAGAGAACACGAAGAAGAGGUUUCAGCAAUUUUUAAUAAAUAUUCUGUUUUAACAAUCCA